AUGUCGACCUCCGCUCGCCGCCGCUUGAUGCGUGACUUCAAGCGCAUGCAAACCGACCCUCCUGCUGGUGUUUCUGCAUCUCCAGUAGCUGACAAUGUGAUGACCUGGAAUGCCGUCAUCAUCGGCCCCGCCGACACGCCCUUUGAGGAUGGCACAUUUCGCCUGGUGAUGAAUUUCGAGGAGCAAUAUCCAAACAAGCCACCAGGUGUUAAGUUCAUCAGCCAGAUGUUCCACCCCAAUGUCUAUGGAACCGGCGAGCUCUGUCUUGAUAUUCUUCAGAACCGCUGGAGUCCCACCUACGAUGUGGCCGCUAUUCUGACCAGCAUCCAGAGGCUUGUCUCCCAUUUCUGCAGUCUCCUAAACGAUCCCAACACCUCCUCUCCAGCCAACGUCGAGGCUUCGAACCUGUAUAAGGACAACCGCAAGGAAUACAUCAAGCGAGUACGUGAGACGGUUGAAAAGAGCUGGGAGGACUAA